AUGUUGGACUGGAUGAAGGGGACCGAGGGCCCUCAGGCAGACACCUCCAAACUCCUGGAGCCGCCCGAAACCCCAGCUCCCGUGUUUGCGAUUCGCGCCUUCAAGAGCGCCUUGUUUGGCACUCCUGGUGCUGAAGAGGAGAAGGACCAAACUUCUGAUCUCAACAAACCCGCCCAUCACCGCAGCAAAAGUGAUUCCACCAAUUCCAUCCCAAUUCCCGUCCCAGCUCCCGCCCAAUCCGAAAAGGAAGACCCAAAACAGGACGAUUCCCUUUUCAACCCCGCGGGUUCCCCUACCAAAAGCAUCCUCGUUACACCCGGAACAAUCUCCAACCGACGCAAGACUGUCUCCUUUGGCGACGGGGUGUGGAUGUCAGGCUCCGCCGACGGAAGACCGCGCAGUCAACUCACACAAACACUUAUGGAUGCCCGCGACAACGCGUCCAAAAAUGCCGAGGGGGCGGAGACUUCGCCUUCCAAGUCCGCCGCCCGCUUCCAGAUGAAGGACGACUCCAGCGCCGACGACAUCACGGUCAAUCUCGAAGAUCCACGAUCGGAGUCGGGUAAAUACUGGAAGACAGAAUUCGACAACUACCGAACGCGUACCAAUCGCGAAAUCAAAACCCUCAUCCACUACCGAUCGGUCGCCAAAUCCUACGCGCGCAAGAAAGACACUGAGGCGCUACGCCUGGCAGAUAAGCUGCGGGAAGAAGAGGAGAAAGUGGCGGAUAUGGAACGCCAGGUGUCGCGUCUUGCCGCCACAAUUGUGGGAGAGAACUCAAAGGCAAAUAAAGAGGACUUGAUACACGACCUGAGCAGGCAGACCACUCUAGCUCUGCAAUACAAGCAGCAGGUCUCUUCAUUGCGUAAGAGUCUCGAACAGCAAGGCGUGGUGGGUGACAAUACCGCAACACUCAACGAGCCGGUCAAGAAGUCACCGCCCGUAGAUACGUCUGAAGAGCUUCGCAAAGCACAGCAGGAGCUGAAACAGGCCAAUGCCAAGAUCGAGGAACUGACGCGCGAGCAGAAGCCAUCUCAGAACCCAGAUCUCAAGGAACUACAAAAUCUUGCCCAAAGUUCAGAGAAAAAGGCACAGGACCUCGAGAAGGAGAACCAUUCUCUCAAGCAGACCAUGGCACGUGUCAAACAGGAAAUGUCAAGGUAUGAGGGCCGGCGCAAAGAAAAAGAAACCAGAUUCAGGCAGAGGGAGAUCAAACUAGAGGGGCGAGUCCAGGAGUAUCGUGAACGACUAAAGAAGGUCACCCAGGAGCGUCGUGAAUCGGAAGAUGCACUGAGAGCUAGCUUUGAUGAGGAACGUCGCCGCAUGCAGAGCCAAAUUGAUACGUUGAAGUUGAGGGCCACCAAUGCAGAGCGCAUCCCCGCGCUGAUGCCUCAACAACGACAUACGUUUAGCCCACGAAAGGACCACACGGGUGUGCAAACCCAUGACUUCGCAGAACUAGACCAUCCAGUGAUCGAAGAAGCUACCGAGGACAUUGAGGCACCACCCAGUCCAAGCCCCCGAACCAAGACGCGUCAUACGCGAAAUGCCACCACUGGGACAUUCGACUUGAAACGCGCAAGCCAGAAAAUCACGGCCGACGAUGCGGAAGUCACACACUACCUCCACGAAAUCCUGGACAGGCCACGCCCGAAGUCAUACCAAUUUGACAAGGGUCACGUCAUGCCCUCUUCUCUUGACACCGCCCCGCUCAAAUCUCUCGAUCGCAACCUCAAAACACAUGCCCACCAACCCACGGGCGAUAAACAGCGAUCAUACCGCUCACUAUAUCUACAUGAACCCGAAAACACAGGAACUCGGCCUGGGCACACGCAGCGGUCCCGCCCUCACAUCCGAUCUACACUCGACAAUAUCUCCGGCCUUCCAAACACCGAUACUGGUAAUUAUGCCGGACACACAAUUUCCGGAGGGGAGCGAGGGGGAAGACAAACGGGUCUGGCCGAUGUGAGCAAAGAACUCCUGUCGCCGGAGCGUAUUGCAGCAGCACAUUCUCGACUUCAUCAGAAGAAGAAUAUUCGGAGGCUCCGAGCUAUGGGGGAGGGAAAUAUCCGGCCGAUGGUUCCUUCGGGUGUUGGUCAGAGCUAG